CAGACGGGGAAUGGGGGAAUGGGAGGCUGCUGGGAAAAGAUGGCAGCUUCCGUUUGUUUGUGUGGAAUUACAGAACUGUGAAGAAGGUGUACACAUACUUUCCUCCGUUCAUAGACGGGUUUCAGUCGCUCAGUCGUGGUUUACAACGUCCGCUGACCAAACAUUUUCUUGGUAGAAGAUGGAGAAGAGCGGCAGCAUCGACAGUUUGGGCUCGAAACGCUCCUCCUCACGACAGCCGAGUGUUGAUUCAUUGUCCAGUACAUCGACUUCUCGCUCUGACCGCUCAGCCCAGGCCAAGCCACCCUCUGCCAUGUCCUCUGACUCUAUGUCCACCUCUGCAGAGUUUUCCCCAGAGCUCAGGGUCAGUAGCCUGCACGUCAAACCCAAAACUGCAGUCAAACAGGUGCUUAGAGAUUCAGAAAAAGAGGAACCACAGUUGCUUCCAAAUGAAACUGUGCAAGACAUGGCCCAAGAUAUCACCUACUUCUGUCCUUUCACUGGAGCGGUGAGAGGAACAGUGAUGGUCACAAACUACAGGCUGUUUUUCAAAUCCACUGACAGGGAACCAGCAUUUGUGCUGGACCUGCCUCUUGGGGUGGUUAGUCGUGUGGAGAAGAUUGGAGGUGCUUCAAGCCGCGGUGACGUGUCCUAUGGUCUAGUAUGCAAGGAUAUGCGUAAUCUACGAUUUGCUCACAAACAGAUGGAGGACACACUCAGGAAGUCCAUUUUCGAAGUGCUGAUAAAAUUUGCAUUUCCUGUUUCCAAUGGGCUGCAAAUCUUUGCCUUUGACUACGGGCAAGUUUUUCCCGAAAAUGGGUGGAAGGUGUAUGACGCCAUCUCCGAGUACAAAAGACAGGGUAUACCCAACGAAAGCUGGAGGAUAACAAAAAUCAAUGAUCACUACGAGCUGUGUGACACCUACCCAUCAACUCUGGCAGUGCCCGUCAACAUACCAGACGAAGAGCUGAGGAGGGUAGCUGCCUUCCGAGCAAAGGGCAGAAUACCUGUAUUAUCAUGGAUCCAUCCUGAGAGCCAAGCCACAGUGACGCGCUGCAGUCAGCCCAUGGUUGGGGUAAACGGGAAGCGCAGCAAAGAAGAUGAGAAAUACCUCCAGGCAAUCAUGGAUGCAAAUGCCCAGUCCCAUAAAUUGUUCAUUUUUGAUGUCAGGCCCUGUGUCAACGCUGCUGCCAACAAGAAGAACGGUGGUGGAUAUGAAAGUGAGGACGCUUAUCAAAAUGCAGAGCUGGUAUUCUUGGAUAUUCACAAUAUUCAUGUGAUGAGGGAGUCGCUCCGCAAGCUGAAGGAUGUGGUCUAUCCUAACAUCGAGGACUCCCAUUGGCUCUCCAAUCUGGAAUCCACUCACUGGCUUGAGCACAUCAAGCUGAUCCUGGCAGGAGCGCUGCGGAUUGCAGACAAGGUAGAGUCUGGGAAAACUUCAGUGGUGGUUCACUGUAGCGAUGGCUGGGACCGUACAGCCCAACUCACCUCCUUGGCCAUGCUCAUGCUGGACAGUUACUACCGCACAAUUCGUGGCUUCGAGGUGCUCCUUGAGAAAGAGUGGCUGAGCUUCGGUCACCGCUUCCAACUGCGAAUUGGUCAUGGUGAUAAAAACCACACUGAUGCAGACCGCUCACCUGUUUUUAUUCAAUUUGUUGACUGCGUUUGGCAGCUGACUCGUCAGUUUCCUGCCGCCUUUGAGUUCAACGAAUACUUUCUGGUUACCAUACUGGACCACCUGUACAGCUGCCUGUUUGGGACGUUCUUGUGUAACAGUGAACAGCAGAGGUUAAAGGAAGAGAUUCCCAAAAGGACAGUAUCAUUGUGGUCUUACAUUAACAGCCAGCUGGAGGACUUCACCAAUCCUCUGUAUGUGAACUACUCCAACCAUGUGCUGUUCCCUGUAGUCAGCCUGCGCCACCUGGAGCUUUGGGUUGGCUAUUACAUCCGCUGGAACCCGCGCAUGAGACCUCAGGAGCCUGUUCAUCAGCGCUACAAAGAGCUGCUGGCGAAGCGCGCCGAGCUACAGAAGAGAGUGGACGAGCUACAGAGAGAGGUGACCAAUCGCUCUGCUUCCUCUUCGUCUGAGCGGGCUGGCUCCCCCACACGCUCCAUCACUCCAGUGCAGACGUUUGUUUGACACAACUAGACCUUCAUUACCUGCCACACCUGGCACAUUAAUGCACCAUCAUCAAAAGUCUGAUUAAGCAGAUUUUCUGUAUUUGCAUCUCUGAGGUCCUGUAGAAUCUGCUUGUCGGGCUCAGACUGCCUGAGCACAGCCAUAUUGUUCUCUUCCUCUGCGGUUGAGAAGACAUGUAACCAGAAUACUGGGGACUGAUUUCCAUAUUGACCUACCUACAAUCAGUGUUGAUAGUCUUAAAAGUACACUAAAAUAAUACUAAGAUAAUAAAUAUACAUAUAUAUAUAUAUAUGUGUGUAUAUAUAUCUGCCUUAUACAUGUCACAGGAUUCUGUUUCUCUACACUGCAAAUAUUUCUUAGGUAAUGCUUUGUUGAGCUGAUGCAAUUGCAAAAACGUACAAUACUGCAAAUACUAUUUUAAGGUUAAAACUCUAACAUCAACUAAAAUGCUUUAGAGUUAUACUAAAUGUUUUAUUUGGAGCUAGAGAGCUGUACUGUUAGCAUCUCCUAAUAUAAUACAAAAUCAUAGUCAUAGAGAGCAUUAAAAAGGUUGGGUUGUUUUCACAAGUUGGUGCUUUUAGAUUGUGACCAAAUAUCUCUUUUUACAUAGUUAGUGUCUUAUAUCACAUUCCUGUCAUUGAGGGAUUUGAGUUUUGUUUGUUUCAUCAAGCUAAUUAGCAUUAUUUAUUAUUCUUUACUUCAUACUAUUUAAAGCUCACAAACACACCAAGUCAUGCUGCAAAUUGAUUACAGAUGUUCCCAUUCAAUGUUAAUAAGAUGCACAGAAUAUGCAAUAGUUAAUGCCAGUUAACAAUCCUUCACUCAAACUGUGUGACCAUUUCUUUCAGAUUCUUUUUUAGUGCUUCCAUCAGAAAGUGUAACAUUUAAUAAUUUGCUACUGUUAUUUGUUUAGUUUGAUAAAUCUUGAUGAGUGCCUUGCUCUGAAUGACUGGGAGAGUAAUAAGAGAAAUAGUCUUGAAUGUUUUUACUCGCCAAGGUGAAACGCUAAAAUACAGACAGUGUUGGUCUGCCUUGCCACUGUGUGUAUGUGCAUACUUGCAAUAAACACAAACACAUUUAUGGAA